AUCCGCUCAUUAUCACCAUGCCCGCAAGCGUCAAACAUACGCAUUCAGCUGAACCGCUACGCGCUUCCGCUACUGGGCGACGGCGCACAUUCACGGAAGCCGUAGAUGGGCCCCUCAUGGGCGUAGUACACGAAGCCGACGGGUCUGCGGGCGAAUACUGGGCCGACCUCAAACCACAUAGGAAACGAACUUUCCUCACCGCAGCGACAAGUCCGGACAGUGCUAGCUUUGCUUUCCUAUCGCCCGAGCCUGCCUCCCAGAAGGAACAAGACGAUGCAGACGAACGGGCACAUCAACGCGCCAUGGAGAACCUCGCUGGUUCAUGGCAAGAGCGCCUCCAGCUUAUUUCUGUCAUCACGACGUUCUUCGCCUCGAUGGAGGCAGCCAUGCUUGUGGUCACCGAUCCAGGAGGCGCCGACGGCGAUCUCAGCGCAGUAUCUGGCGUUCUCAAGGCAGCUAACGCCGGUCUGCUCGGUGCCCUUAUCAUGCACGUAUACUCUGCUGUGCUCUCCUUCCUCGCCGCCUUCCUGCUCACACGCUGGAAGCUCAAGGAAGCUUCUAAAGUCGAAGAGAAGGUGGAACUGGUCACACAUGGGGGCAGAUUUGAAACCCAUUCGCCACCAGGAACGUGGCGGUCCAAAGGCAGCGCUGUAACACAGGAACUUGAAAAUGCCCCUACAGAGAAACAGAAUGGUCAUGACGCCACCGGACAACGUCCUUCCCCUGACCCCGCCCCCGGACAUGUAAGCCAGUCAGAGCCCGCCAACGCUGGCGCGCGGCGCGGGCACAUGUCCCAUAAUGUCCCACCCCCGCAGCGCGCUCGGUCGGGCUCUGAGCCCAUGGAGCCCCCCAUCUUCUCGCGCAACCCGCAUCUAGAGCAGGUCGGCCCCUUCUGGCUCGGCGGAAGGCCCUCGCAGCACCUCCUGGGCCGGAUGCACUCGCUCUGCGUCCUGCUUGCGACCUUGGGUUUCGCCCUCGCGAUCAUGGGCAUCCUCUGCUACGGCUGGGCGCGCCAGCCGCGUGAAGUGAGCAUCUUCGCGACGACGAUUCUGGCCGCGGGCAUUAUCAUCUUGCUGGCGCUGCUGGCGCCGGACGUGAAAAUAUGGAAGGCGGAGGAAGGUAUCGAAAAUAGGAUCGAGAACAGGAUCGAGAAGAACGCGGCGCGCUGAGGUUUGGAUUGAGCUAUACCGCUGAUUUGGAAUUUACAGUCUUUGGAAAUAUUACAUGCACGUCAUUUUACGCAUACUCGUUUAUCAUCGCCAUACUACAUCGCGUCCUUAGGACAAUGAUACCGUAGUUGUUAAUAGCGCUUCCGAGCGCCUUCCUGUACUUACUCGAACCGCUUGCCGAC